UUGUUAGAAAUAAUAAAAUGUUUUAGAUUAUAAUAUGGCUCAAUACAUUAAGCAACUUAUUAAGCCGUAAGUUUAGUUUGAUGCCUGAAUAUAUGUGCAUGUGAGAUUAUGGAAGAAAGUUUUAACAAAUAAAGGAAAAUAACUGUAUUGAGAAUGGAGGGACUGGGUGGAGGAAUUCUGGAGAAAUCUCAAUCUACAUUUUCUUAUUUUGCAUUCGGAUCCAAUCUUUCAAGUCAGAGAAUCAGGAUUAAUAAUCCGUCAGCAAGGUUUCGAAGUAUAGCAAAGUUGUCCGACUAUAAAUUAGACUUCAACUACUUCUCUAAGAGGUGGCAAGGAGCACCGGCUACUUUAGUUCCUCAUGAAGGAGAACAUGUGUGGGGUGUACUCUGGGAACUUGAUCAGGAGCAUCUUGAGACUUUAGACAAGCAGGAAGGAGUACCUAGAGUUUAUAAAAGGAUGGAAGUUCGGGUUGAAUUAGAGGAUGGAAGGAGUGAAAUUGCGUACACAUAUUAUCUUGUGAAGCCGGAUGAACCUGACAAACGACCAAGCAAGGUUUAUCUGGAUGUUAUUCUAACAGGGGCACGUGAGCACUCGCUUCCUUCUCAUUAUCUGGCCAGAUUAGAGGCUAUAGAACACAAUGGAUAUGAAGGAGACGUGAACCUUGGACUGGAUUUGGAAAAAAUAAACAAAAUUCCCGAAUAAAUGUUUUUAGAAACUCA